ACCACUUUGAAUCUAGUAUCUAUGGUCGAAGGAUCACCAGUGAUCUCUCCAUGUUAGUAUAGUGAGCACUGGUGAUCACUGUAACCUAUCGAUAGAACAUUCAGAGAUUCUAUAACACUCGUAAACAAACGCGUUUGUGUUUUGCAGCUUUGGUUGUAAAUAUUGUGACGACUUGUCAGUGGCGGAGAGCUGUAGUAUACAGUACUGAAACAGGACACUCAAAAUAAUGAGUCAUCAGCGAUUGAUAGUUUAACAAUUGACGACUAAAAUUUAAUAAUUGUGCCAUAUAUGUAACGAAAGGAAGGAUAAGUGAUUCUCCAAGAAUCAACAUUGCCAUAGGAAUUAUUAUUGCUUCAUAGUGGAACAAUGAAUAUUCUUCCGAAGAAAAGAUGGCAUGUCCGCACCAAAGAGAACAUAGCCAGAGUCCGAAGAGAUGAAGCAAAAGCUGCUGAGGAAGAAAAAGAAAGGCAGAGGAGGGCUUUAUUGGCUGAACAAGAGGCCCGCACUGCUUUGCUCCGUAAAAAAGCAAGAAAGGACGGUGGUCAGUCUCCUGAUGAAGGUGGAAUUCAAAUUACAAAUAAAGCACAACAUGUCAAUCUCUUUGAUGAUCUGGAAGAGGGCAAAAUUGUAUCAUCACUUAAGAAUGAAGAGCAUGAACGUGAAAUAAAAGAAGAAAAAGAGAAAUAUGAAAAACAAAUUGGUUAUUUAACAUACCUAGGCCAGGACACUGUUGAAGCCACUGGGAAAAUUCCAUGGUAUGAUAAAGUUCCUGACAGAAAGAAAGCAGAACCAUUAAUGGGAAUGGAUGCAGAAGUAUCUACAAAGAGCAAAUUACUUAAUGAUCCUUUACGAGAUAUAAGGAAAUAUUUAGGUGUUAAGGAAGAACAAUAUUUGAAUAAGAAAAACAAAACAGCAGAUGCUAACAAGAAAGUAAGUGCUCAUUCAAGCAUAAUAGAUAACAAUUUAGACACUUACAAGAAACAGAAAGACAGAAAGAAGAAGCAUAAAAAGAACAAAAAAGUGAAGAAGAAACAUAAAAAGCAUCGGAAGUCAAAGAGAAUUAGCAGUGAUGAGAGCUCUGAAGUGAACAGUGAAGUUAGCAGUGAUGAAGAUCAACAUGACCAAAAGCCUAACUUAGAGCAGUUACGAGCUGAACGCUUGAAACGUGAGGCUGAAGAAAAACGAAAAGCUGAAGCACUGCUAGCUAGGUUAAGAGGUGAAACUGUUGAAGAAGAAAAGACUGAAACCAUAGCAGUGCCUGUAAAACAGAAGUACAAUUCUCAGUUUAAUCCAGAACUCGCAAGGCAAAAUUUUAGAUAAGAUGUGCUGCUCUAUUUCCAAUGUACAGUGUUGUAUAUAUAAUGAGUUUGGAUUAUAAACUGAAAAUUUUAUGUUUUGUUGAAAAUAUAAAUUGUUUUCAAAGUUGCAACCUUUGUACUGUACAUAAUUCAUUAUUACUGAUUGAGAGAGGUGGUGCAGUCGGGAGGAAGACUGUUCAAAUCCGCAUCCGGUCAUCCAGAUUUAGAUUUUUUGUUAUUUCCGUAAAUCGCUUCAGACAGAUUAUGGGAUGGUUUCUUUGAAAGGAUGCGGCUGACUUCCUUCUCAAUCCUUCUGUAUUCUGAUGGGAACGAAGACCUCACUGUUUACUCCCUUCCCACAAAAUCGACCAAUCAACCAACCAACCAUUAUUACUGACAUUUUUGUGAUUUUCCUGUACCUGCUGUUCAGAAAUCCCACAUCUGAAUAUUUUUGUGUGAUAUUAUAUACCAUGUUCUCACUAGUUAAUGAAUUUGAUGAACAAAUGAAGGUUCUGCCACCCAAAAUUUAUGUUGCCAGAGCCAGUAUUUAAUGUCUGUUUAUUCUUUUGCUCUGAAACCAUGAUUCUUUCUUCCGUGCACUUUCUUCAUUUUCACUUACGUGGUUCCUCUUUUUGAACAUCCAGAAAUUCAUAGAGGGUUGCAAAAUUAGUGCACAUUACAAUACUUGGUUUGCAACAGUGAUAUUCUGUAAGUGGUAUUUUUGGAUGCAUUUUCACUAAAUUUCUUUCAGCAGAAUGAUAAUGUGCCGCAACAGUUCCUUAGCUCCAGAGCUCAAGUGUGUCACAUAUCACAUUUGUUCGCCAAUAAUAAUCAGUAUGUCUGUCUCUCUCUCUGUUUUUUUUCUUUUUUUAAGCUUGUGGUGGGGCAUGACAUUCAUGAAAUAUGGAAGAAAAAAUUUAUGAAAAUCGUAAUCCGUGAUCAAAGGAAAAUGUUCUUUACAAGUUUUUGUUGAUAUACAGUUCAGUACUAUUGCUGUAAUUGCACCUUGAGAAUGAUCUGUUGAUGUUCCGAUUGACGUGCAGAACGUUAUGCUGUUAUAAUGACUAGUACUAGUUUUUUAGAUAUUUGUAACUGCAAAAGAAGUUUUAAAUGUCAGAUUGUGGUUGUAAAUAAAGUCCUUGUGAUAAGGUAUAGUGUUAUGAAUUAGAACAGCUUAGUUUUCAUUGAUACUAGAAUCUAUCUUCUGGACCUAACAUGUCUAUUAUUUCUUAAAAACAUUUGUAAAAACGGUGUAAUUUUUGCUCAAAUGCAAAGAUGGUAGCAGAUAUCAGAGUGGACACAGA